GUAUCAGAGCACGGUCGCCGUAGAACAAGGUUCAACGACCUCCGGUGUUAAUCGAGAUGGCGUCGUGUUCCAAGAAUAAUGCUCCACUCUAUCUGGCUUACGAAUUCUCUCAAAAUCGGCCUCCCAGAUUUGAAGGAGUCAAUUAUGGGUAUUGGAAAAAUCGCAUGGAAUUAUUUGUUGGAUCUACAGAUCCAAAACUCUGGGCUAGAGUCAUCAAGGGCCCAUAUGAGCUCAAGGAAGAUCAAGAAAAAUGGAUAGACGAGGACUUUGAAAAAUUUCAGCAAAACUGCAAAGCAACUAAUAUUAUGUACUGUGCACUCGGUCCAGAAGAAUAUCACAAAGUUUCCGAUUGCAAGACUGCUAAGGAAAUCUGGGAUAAACUCCAGGUUACUUAUGAAGGUACCUCUCAAGUCAAGAAUUCUCGAAUUAAUUCCUUAAAACAGCAAUUCGAGUUGUUCAAGAUGGAAGAAGGAGAAACUAUUCGGCAAAUGUACGAACGGUUCACAAACACUGUGAACAGUUUGGAGAAUCUUGUAAAAUCGUACGAAAGUGUAGAUCUUGUUAGAAAAAUUUUAUGCAGUCUUCCAGAGCAAUGGACUCCAAAGGUGACUGCAAUAGAAGAAGCCAAAAACCUGGAGACGUUACCUAUAUAUGAGCUUAUCGGGUCAUUAGCAACUCAUGAAGACAAGCUCAACAAAGGAAAUUCUGAUAAAGGAAAGAAGGGAAUAGCAUUCAAUGCUACCAUGUACAACGAAGACCUAGAAGAUCUCGAAGAUAUGGAGGAUGAAGAAUUGGCUCUAUUGAGAAAACAAAUCAGUAGAUUACUUCGAAUGAGAAAAGAAAAAUGAAGAAGAAACUUCGUUAACAAAAAUAGAGAAGUUGAGAAAGAAGGUGGUGCAUCUAAAUAUCCUCAAUCAAGAGCAUUCCAGAAAAGCAGGAAUGAACAGCUUCAGCCGGUUAAGGUUCAAAACACUACCGGAUGCUUUAGAUGUGGGAAAACUGGGCAUAUCAAGGCUGAAUGCCCUCUAGUACGAAAAGGACGAGCCAUGGCUGCAACAUGGAGUUGCAGCGAAGAAGAAGAUGAAGAGAAAACAAGAGAAGAAAGUUACAUGGCUAUUGACGUUGAGAAAGCAUCAGAGGGACACAACUCAAACGAGGUUUGCUUCCAAGUGGGCAUGGAGGAAACUGAAUGGAUACUAGACAGUGGAUGCUCACACCACAUGACAGGAAAUCGAAACAUGUUCACCACACUCAAAGAAGGUAAAGAUGGUAAGGUAUUUUUUGGUGACAAUAAUUCUGCCGACAUAUUAGGAAGAGGAAUAGUAGGUCCAAAUCCAUGCAUUGAGAAUGUGAUGCUAGUAAAAGGUCUUAAGCAUAAUCUGUUUUCUAUUAGUCAAAUGUGUGGUAAAGAUAAGAGGAUAGUCUUCGAACAUGAUUGUUGCUACAUCGAGUCCUUAGUUGAUAAGAAAGUGCUUUUCACCGGGAGACGUAAAAAUAAGUUAUAUGUCAUAAAUCUAGAUGAUAAAGAAAGUUUUAAGAUAACUUGUCUAAUGUCAUUAGAGAAAAAUGAUCAAAUAGAUUGGCAUAGGAAGCUUGGACAUGUGAGUAUAGGGAUUCUGUCUAAACUAAGUGAUCUUGAGCUAGUUAAAGGUCUUCCUAAGUUAAAAGGAAAAAAGGAGUUCUUUUGUGAUGCUUGUGCUAAAGGAAAGCAUACAAGGUCUAGCUUCAAGAGUAAGACAGUAAUAUCCACAACGAGACCACUUGAACUGCUUCAUCUUGAUCUCUUCGGACCAACCAAUGUGGUAAGCUAUGGAGGUAAGUCCUAUGCUUUUGUAAUUGUGGAUGACUAUUCUCGUUUCACUUGGGUAUUGUUUCUAGCUAGCAAAAGCUUUUCAAAAUUUUGAGUCUUUAACUAGGAAAUUGGAAAAUGAAAAACAAUAUAAGGUAGCUAGCAUUAGAAGUGAUCAUGGAGGAGAAUUUAUCUCAGAAGAGUUUGAACUCUUCCGUAAUAAGCUAGGAAUAAGUCAUAAUUUUUCUGCUCCUCGCACUCCACAACAAAAUGGAAUGGUGGAAAGGAAAAAUCGAAACUUGAUUGAUAUAGCUCGAAAAAUGUUACAUGACUAUGGUUUGCCAAAAUUCUUUUGGGAUGAAGACAUAAAUACUGCUUGUUAUAUUACUAAUCGAGCUUUGAUCAGAUCUGGAAUUAAAAAGACUCCUUAUGAGAUUUGGAGAUGAAGAAAACCCAAUCUGAGUUUCUUCCCUCCCUUUGGUUGCAAGUGCUUUGCAUUAAACACCAAAGAUCAUCUUGGCAAGUUUGAUGCCAAAUCCGAUGAAUGUGUGUUCUUGGGUUAAUCUGUAACUAGCAAGGCAUAUAGAGUUUUCAACAAAAGGACUCUCAAAGUGGAAGAGUCCAUAAAUGUGAUAUUUGAUGAAUCUGUUAAUGAGUGUUCAUAUGAGAUAGAUGAAGAUGAUUUUGGACUUGGUGGAAACUAUGAUCUACCAAGGACACCAAACACGGAGAAAUCUGAACCCAGAAUGAUCAUAUAUGAAGACCAAGAUAAAGCAGUAAGUACUACAAACUCUCCGAUCGAGCAAGAUCAUGAAGUAAGGCAACCUCCUCCACAUAUUACCUAAAAUCUGCCAUUACUUCUAUGGCUUCCACCAUUAAACUAGAUAAGGAUGA